UCAGCGAAUACCAAUAAAAAGCGCCGCGGGUACAACUGAUGGCCGAAAGGACCAAUCCUGCUCUCCCAGGGCAAGUGCUCAUGUGGCGGUUCCAGGAGGGCUGGGAGUUGCAGGAGCUGUGAUUCAAGGACUCUAGAAUGCCUUACGUGCAGAGCAGAAACUGUGAAUUGUUUAAACGCAUUGAUUACUGAAACUUUGCCAAGGACUCGUCCAAUCAGAAAGCACUUGUCUUGGUAUUUGAAAAGCAGUAGUCAAUGAGGCGAUUUUGAGAGAUGCGUGAUAACUCCGUCAACCAAUAAGGAUGGCUGUUUCGCUUUAGACAAACCAUAUUAACUCCGUCUCCAGCUGGCUUUGUGCAUACAGUCUGAUAACUCAUUCUAUUUUGUUUAAUGAAACAGAAAGGCCGAGUGGCACCCAUCAAGUCCACCGCUGUCAGGCUGAUACUAAACAAAAGUCCCCAGCUCACGGAGCCACCACCGGAGGGCAAGCCAGUCCUCAGCCCAUUGGCCAGUCCUCAUGAUAGACAUCCUUCAGACCAAUGGCUUUCUGCUCCGGAAGGCGCAUUUUCCACAACUGGCCUAUGAGAGUCUGCUUCGGCUUAGCCAAUAGGGUCGGGGCAGGGGGCGUGGAGGGAAGUUUGAAACUCCGGGCUUUGGGAGUUAUUUCUCUAGCUGGUGUUCGGGCAGAGGUCGAGCUGGGGCCCGAGUUCUCUGGGCUAGCGACCCGGAGGUUCCUCUGCUGGAAGCUGGGAAGAUCGGCCGGGCCCCGUCCCCAGCCCCAGUGGAGAUGGGUUCGACUCAGAGCGUCUCAGGCACUCCAGCACGGCCUCUGCCACGCAACAAGCAAGUGGCUCGAGUAGCAGACCCUCGUUCACCUAGUGCUGGCAUCCAGCGCACUCCUAUUCAGGUAGAGAGCUCUCCACAGCCAAGCCUACCAGCAGAACAGCUGAACGGUCUCAAACAGGCACAAGACCCAGAUCCCCGCUCUCCUACUCUUGGCAUUGCACGGACACCCAUGAAGAUCAGUGGUCCAGACCCUCAGUGCUCACUGGUGAAAGAGCUGAGCGAAGUAUUGGAGACAGAAGCGUCGGAAUCGAUUUCCUCCCCAGAGCUUGCUCUGCCCCGGGAAACGCCUUUAUUUUAUGACCUGGACCUGUCUUCAGAUCCUCAGUUAUCCCCUGAGGACCAGUUACUGCCUUGGAGCCAGGCUGAACUCGAUCCCAAACAGGUGUUUACCAAGGAGGAAGCCAAACAAUCCGCAGAAACUAUAGCUGCCAGCCAGAACUCAGACAAGCCCUCCAGAGACCCAGAGACUCCCCAGUCCUCAGGUUCUAAGCGCAGCAGACGAAAAGCAAACAGCAAGGUUCUAGGGAGGUCCCCUCUCACCAUCCUGCAGGAUGACAACUCCCCUGGGACCUUGACACUACGACAGGGUAAGCGGCCUUCUGCCCUCAGUGAGAACGUUAAGGACCUAAAGGAAGGAGUCGUUCUUGGAACUGGAAGAUUUCUCAAAGCUGGAGGAGGAGCACGGGAGCCAAACCAGGACCACGACAAGGAAAAUCAGCAUUUUGCCUUGUUGGAGAGCUAGGGCUGUGCUGGAGUCAUCCCCAAGGGCACCAAAGAAAGCCCUGUUCUGAUUCCUCUCAGGCACCAACUCUGGUACUUGGACAUCGUUCUUUUAAAAUGUUUUAUGUGUUUCCUGUAUAUUAAAGUAGAUGAUUUUAAAUGAUGCUUUAAGAAGUUAGAGCAAAGCUACACCGGGUCUUGUGUGUAUAGAAUGGCAUCCUAGGGGCCUGUGAGACCUGGAUAGAUCUCUCUCCUGCCACUUCUGAGCCUCCUUUAUGUAGCUUAAGCUUUGAUGUCCCCAGAGCUCUGCCUUUGGCCCUCUUCACUUCUUGUUUGGGUUUAGCUAUUGCUUACCUGCUUGUAAUUUCCAGGUCCCCCUCUCGACAUAAACACUCAACGUUAGUUCCCCUAAAAUAAGAUUCAUGAUCUUUCCCUCAUUGCCUACGCCUCUCCCUGUGGCUGGGGAAAGGUGGUCAUCUCCUAGCUACUCAAGCCUAAGCCUCGGCUUUGGGCAUCAUAUUGAACAUGACGUGUCUGUGAGGUUGUCACUAGGGCCUGGUGAUUAUAUAUUCUUGUCGUCUUC